UUAAGCAGCUUGAAGGGGUUAGAGCCGGCGGCUAUUUCUAUCCCUGGAAAUCCCCACACCAUCUGUGACCCACGGAGCCCUGACCCCCCUCCCAAGUGCGGGCCCCGACUGUCCCUCGCUCCCAGGGAAGGGAGCAGGCGUGGAUUGGCUGCUGGGGUGACUGCCAGUGGGGAGGCCAUGUCUGGAGAGGAUUCUGAAGUUCGAGCAGUGUCUGAAGGGAGCUCCAAUGGAGGCAGUGGUUCACCUAGCCCUGGGGACACACUACCCUGGAACCUUGGUAAAACACAGAGGAGCAGGAGGAGCGGAGGUGGCUCUGGGGGCAACGGCAGUGUCUUGGACCCUGCAGAGCGGGCUGUCAUCCGCAUUGCAGAUGAACGGGACCGUGUGCAGAAGAAGACCUUCACCAAGUGGGUCAACAAACACCUCAUCAAGGCCCAAAGGCACAUCAGUGACCUGUAUGAAGACCUUCGCGAUGGCCACAACCUCAUCUCUCUACUGGAGGUCCUCUCUGGGGACAGCCUGCCCCGGGAGAAGGGGAGGAUGCGCUUCCAUAAGCUGCAGAAUGUCCAGAUUGCCCUGGACUACCUCCGGCACCGCCAGGUGAAGUUGGUGAACAUCAGGAAUGAUGACAUCGCUGAUGGCAACCCUAAGCUUACCCUAGGCCUGAUCUGGACAAUCAUCCUGCACUUCCAGAUCUCAGACAUCCAGGUGAGCGGGCAGUCAGAGGACAUGACAGCCAAGGAGAAGCUGCUGCUGUGGUCACAGCGCAUGGUGGAGGGCUACCAGGGCCUGCGCUGCGACAAUUUUACUUCCAGCUGGCGUGAUGGCCGCCUCUUCAAUGCCAUUAUCCACCGGCACAAGCCCAUGCUCAUAGACAUGAAUAAGGUGUACCAUCAAACCAACCUAGAGAACCUGGACCAGGCCUUCUCUGUAGCAGAGCGGGACCUAGGAGUGACUCGGCUUCUGGACCCCGAGGAUGUGGAUGUCCCUCAGCCUGAUGAGAAGUCCAUCAUCACCUACGUCUCGUCCUUGUAUGACGCCAUGCCCCGUGUGCCGGGCGCCCAGGAUGGGGUGAGGGCUAAUGAGCUGCAGCUUCGAUGGCAGGAGUACCGGGAGCUGGUGGUGCUGCUGCUGCAGUGGAUACGGCACCACACUGCUGCCUUUGAGGAGCGCAAGUUCCCCUCCAGCUUUGAAGAGAUUGAGAUCCUUUGGUGCCAGUUCUUGAAGUUUAAGGAGACAGAGCUUCCAGCCAAGGAGGCAGACAAGAACAGGUCCAAGGGCAUCUACCAGUCCCUAGAAGGAGCCGUGCAAGCAGGCCAACUCAAAGUACCCCCUGGCUACCACCCCUUGGAUGUGGAGAAGGAGUGGGGCAAGCUACACGUGGCCAUUCUGGAGCGGGAGAAGCAGCUUAGGAGCGAGUUUGAGAGGCUGGAGUGUCUUCAGCGCAUUGUGAGCAAAUUACAGAUGGAGGCUGGGCUUUGCGAGGAGCAGUUGAACCAGGCCGACGCCCUUCUGCAGUCGGAUGUCCGGCUACUGGCCUCAGGCAAGGGGCCACAACGGGCAGGGGAGGUGGAACGGGACCUGGACAAGGCAGAUGGCAUGAUCCGGCUACUGUUCAAUGAUGUGCAAACCCUUAAGGAUGGGCGGCACCCGCAGGGCGAGCAGAUGUACCGCAGGGUGUACCGCCUGCAUGAGCGCCUGGUGGCCAUCCGCACCGAGUACAACCUCCGGCUGAAGGCAGGCGUGGCAGCCCCUGUGACCCAGGUGACCCUACAGAGCACACAGAGGAGACCCGAGGUGGAGGACUCCACCCUGCGCUACUUGCAGGACCUGCUGGCCUGGGUGGAGGAAAACCAGCGCCGUGUGGACAGUGCUGAGUGGGGUGUGGACUUGCCCAGUGUGGAGGCACAGCUUGGUAGCCACCGAGGCCUGCACCAGUCCAUUGAGGAGUUUCGGGCUAAGAUCGAGCGGGCGCGCAGCGAUGAGGGCCAGCUUUCCCCUGCCCCCCGGGGUGCCUUCCGUGACUGCCUGGGUCGACUAGACCUGCAGUAUGCCAAGCUGCUGAACUCCUCCAAGGCCCGCCUCCGGUUCCUGGACAGCUUGCAUGGUUUUGUGGCAGCUGCUACCAAAGAGCUGAUGUGGCUGAAUGAGAAGGAGGAGGAGGAGGUGGGCUUUGACUGGAGUGACCGCAAUGCCAACAUGGCUGCCAAGAAGGAGAGCUACUCGGCCCUUAUGCGUGAACUGGAGCUGAAGGAAAAGAAAAUCAAGGAGAUUCAGAAUACUGGAGACCGACUGCUGCGAGAGGACCACCCUGCACGGCCUACAGUGGAGUCUUUCCAGGCAGCCCUGCAGACCCAGUGGAGCUGGAUGCUACAGCUGUGUUGCUGUAUUGAGGCUCACCUGAAGGAGAACACUGCCUACUUCCAGUUCUUCUCAGAUGUGCGAGAGGCUGAGGAGCAGCUGCAAAAGCUACAGGAGACAUUGCGAAGGAAGUACAGUUGUGACCGCUCCAUCACUGUCACCCGGCUUGAGGACCUGCUGCAAGAUGCCCAGGAUGAGAAGGAGCAGCUGAAUGAGUAUAAGGGGCACCUCUCUGGCUUGGCCAAGAGAGCCAAGGCCAUUGUGCAGCUGAAACCUCGCAACCCGGCUUACCCCAUCCGAGGCCAUGUGCCCCUGCUGGCUGUAUGUGAUUACAAGCAGGUGGAGGUGACUGUGCACAAGGGUGACCAGUGCCAGCUGAUGGGCCCUGCUCAGCCAUCUCACUGGAAAGUGCUUAGCAGCUCUGGCAGUGAGGCUGCUGUGCCCUCCGUGUGCUUCCUUGUGCCCCCACCCAACCAGGAAGCCCAGGAAGCCAUCACCAGGCUGGAGGCCCAGCACCAGGCCCUCGUUGCACUGUGGCACCAGCUGCAUGUGGACAUGAAGAGCCUUCUGGCAUGGCAGAGCCUCAGCCGUGAUGUGCAGCUCAUCCGUUCCUGGUCCCUGGUCACGUUCCGCACAUUGAAGCCUGAGGAACAGCGCCAAGCCCUACGCAGCCUGGAGUUGCACUACCAGGCCUUCCUGCGGGACAGCCAGGAUGCUGGCAGCUUUGGGCCAGAGGACCGGCUGGUGGCAGAACGCGAGUACAGCUCUUGUAGCCGCCAUUACCAGCAGCUGCUACAGAGCUUGGAGCAGGGUGAGCAGGAGGAGUCUCGCUGUCAGCGCUGCAUCUCAGAGCUCAAGGACAUCCGGCUGCAGCUGGAGGCCUGUGAGACUCGCACCGUGCACCGUCUUCGGCUGCCACUAGACAAAGAGCCUGCGCGGGAGUGUGCCCAGCGCAUCGCCGAGCAGCAGAAAGCGCAGGCUGAGGUGGAAGGGCUGGGCAAGGGGGUUGCCCGACUCUCAGCCGAGGCCGAGAAGGUCCUGGCCCUGCCUGAACCGUCGCCUGCUGCCCCGACUCUGCGCUCAGAGCUGGAGCUGACCCUUGGCAAGCUGCAGCAGGUCCGCAGCUUGUCUGCCAUCUACCUGGAGAAGCUCAAGACCAUCAGCCUGGUGAUCCGCAGCACUCAGGGGGCUGAGGAAGUUCUCAAGGCCCAUGAGGAACAGCUUAAGGAGGCCCAGGCUGUGCCUUCCACCCUCCCAGAGCUCGAGGCCACCAAGGCUGCACUAAAGAAGCUACGGACCCAGGCAGAGGCUCAGCAGCCUGUGUUUGAUGCCCUGAGGGAUGAGCUGCGAGGGGCGCAGGAAGUGGGUGAGCGGCUGCAGCAGCGGCAUGGUGAGCGGGACGUGGAAGUGGAGCGCUGGCGUGAGCGGGUCACCCAGCUGCUAGAGCGCUGGCAGGCAGUGCUGGCCCAGACUGACGUGCGGCAGCGUGAGCUGGAACAGCUGGGCCGCCAGCUGCGCUACUAUCGUGAGAGUGCAGACCCACUGAGCGCCUGGCUGCAGGAUGCUAAGCGGCGGCAGGAGCAGAUCCAGGCUGUGCCGAUGGCAAACAUUCAGGCUGUGCGAGAGCAACUGCGUCAGGAGAAGGCCCUGCUGGAGGAGAUUGAGCGCCACGGUGAGAAGGUUGAGGAGUGCCAGAGGUUCGCCAAGCAGUACAUCAAUGCCAUUAAGGACUAUGAGCUCCAGCUGGUCACAUACAAGGCACAGCUUGAACCAGUGGCCUCCCCAGCCAAGAAGCCCAAGGUCCAGUCUGGAUCAGAGAGUGUCAUCCAGGAGUAUGUGGACCUGCGGACACGCUACAGUGAGCUGACCACGCUUACUGGUCAGUACAUCAAGUUCGUCAGUGAGACGUUGCGGCGCAUGGAGGAGGAGGAGAGGCUGGCCGAGCAACAGCGGGCAGAGGAGCGGGAGCGACUGGCUGAGGUGGAGGCCGCAUUGGAGAAGCAGCGGCAGCUGGCUGAGGCGCAUGCCCAGGCCAAGGCACAGGCGGAGCUGGAGGCACAAGAACUACAGCGGCGCAUGCAGGAGGAGGUCGCGCGGCGGGAGGAGGCUGCAGUGGAUGCACAGCAGCAGAAGCGUAGUGUCCAAGAGGAGCUGCAGCAUCUGCGACAGAGCUCAGAGGCAGAGCUGCAGGCCAAGGCCAGGCAAGUGGAAGCAGCUGAACGCAGCCGACUGCGCAUCGAGGAGGAGAUCCGUGUGGUGCGCCUGCAGCUGGAGACGACUGAGCGCCAGCGCAGCGGGGCUGAGGAUGAGCUGCAGGCCCUGCGUGCACGAGCAGAGGAGGCGGAAGCACAGAAGCGGCAGGCACAGGAGGAGGCUGAGCGCUUGCGGAGGCAGGUGCAGGAUGAGAGCCAGCGUAAGCGGCAAGCCGAGGCAGAACUCGCCCUGCGCGUCAAGGCUGAGGCCGAGGCUGCUCGCGAGAAGCAGCGGGCCAUGCAGGCUCUGGAGGAGCUGCGACUGCAGGCCGAAGAGGCAGAGAGGCAGCUGCGGCAGGCUGAGGCAGAGCGGGCACGCCAAGUACAGGUAGCUCUGGAGACAGCGCAGCGCAGCGCAGAGGUGGAGCUGCAGAGCAAGCGUGCUUCCUUCGCGGAGAAGACUGCGCAGUUGGAGCGCACCCUGCAGGAGGAGCAUGUGGCGGUGGCACAGCUGCGGGAAGAGGCUGAACGGCGGGCACAGCAACAGGCUGAGGCCGAGCGGGCCCGUGAGGAAGCCGAACGGGAGCUAGAGCGCUGGCAGCUGAAAGCCAAUGAGGCACUGCGACUGCGACUGCAGGCAGAGGAGGUGGCACAGCAGAAGAGCCUGGCGCAGGCCGAAGCUGAGAAGCAGAAAGAGGAAGCAGAGCGCGAGGCUCGGCGGCGCGGCAAGGCGGAGGAGCAGGCCGUGCGGCAGCGGGAGCUGGCUGAGGAGGAGCUGGAGAAACAGCGACAGCUGGCAGAAGGGACCGCGCAGCAGCGCCUGGCUGCGGAGCAGGAGCUGAUCCGCCUGCGGGCCGAGACAGAGCAGGGCGAGCAGCAGCGGCAGCUGCUGGAGGAAGAGCUGGCCCGGCUGCAGCGAGAGGCGGCUGAGGCCAACCAGAAGCGCCAGGAGCUGGAAGCUGAGCUGGCCAAGGUGCGGGCAGAGAUGGAGGUGCUGCUGGCCAGCAAGGCUCGAGCCGAGGAGGAAUCUCGGAACACCAGCGAGAAGUCCAAGCAGAGACUGGAGGCAGAGGCCGGCCGCUUCCGUGAGCUGGCCGAGGAGGCUGCUCGCCUGCGGGCCCUGGCCGAGGAGGCUAAGCGGCAGCGGCAGCUGGCCGAGGAGGACGCAGCACGCCAGCGGGCCGAGGCCGAGCGGGUGCUUGCUGAGAAGCUGGCCGCCAUCGGCGAGGCCACGAGGCUCAAGACAGAGGCGGAGAUAGCGCUCAAGGAGAAGGAAGCCGAGAACGAGCGCCUGCGGAGGCUGGCUGAAGACGAGGCUUUCCAGCGGCGGCGGCUGGAGGAGCAGGCAGCGCAGCACAAGGCCGACAUCGAGGAGCGCCUGGCUCAGCUGCGCAAGGCAUCAGAGAGCGAGCUGGAGAGGCAGAAGGGGCUGGUGGAGGACACAGUGCGCCAGAGGCGGCAGGUGGAAGAGGAGAUCCGGGCCCUGAAGGUGAGCUUUGAGAAGGCAGCUGCUGGCAAGGCGGAGCUGGAGCUGGAGCUGGGGCGGAUCCGUAGCAACGCGGAGGACACGCUGCGCAGCAAGGAGCAGGCAGAGCUGGAGGCUGCUCGGCAGCGGCAGUUGGCAGCUGAGGAGGAGCAGCGGCGCCGUGAGGCUGAGGAGCGCGUGCAGAAAAGCCUGGCGGCUGAGGAAGAGGCCACACGGCAGCGCAAAGCCGCCCUGGAGGAAGUAGAGCGGCUCAAGGCCAAGGUGGAAGAGGCCCGGCGCCUGAGGGAGCGAGCAGAACAGGAGUCGGCGCGGCAACUGCAGCUGGCCCAAGAGGCUGCCCAGAAGCGGCUGCAGGCCGAGGAGAAGGCCCAUGCCUUUGUGGUGCAGCAGCGUGAGCAGGAGCUGCAGCAGACACUGCAGCAGGAGCAGAGUGUGCUGGAGCGACUGCGCGGCGAGGCAGAGGCCGCCCGGCGAGCCGCUGAGGAGGCUGAGGAGGCCCGGGAGCAGGCUGAGCGGGAGGCCGCGCAGUCCCGGCGGCAAGUAGAAGAGGCUGAGCGGCUCAAGCAGUCUGCAGAGGAGCAGGCGCAGGUCCGGGCUCAGGCACAGGCUGCUGCGGAGAAGCUGCGCAAGGAAGCCGAGCAGGAGGCAGCACGACGGGCACAGGCGGAACAGGCAGCCUUGCGCCAGAAGCAGGCGGCUGACGCAGAGAUGGAGAAGCAUAAGAAGUUUGCAGAGCAGACGCUGAGGCAGAAGGCCCAGGUGGAACAGGAGCUGACGACCCUGCGGCUACAGCUAGAGGAGACGGACCAUCAAAAGAGCAUCCUUGAUGAGGAGCUGCAGCGGCUGAAGGCGGAGGUGACAGAGGCAGCCCGCCAGCGCAGCCAGGUGGAGGAGGAGCUCUUCUCUGUGCGCGUGCAGAUGGAAGAGCUGGGGAAGCUCAAGGCCCGGAUCGAGGCCGAGAACCGCGCGCUCAUCCUGCGUGACAAGGACAACACACAGCGCUUCCUGGAAGAGGAGGCGGAGAAGAUGAAGCAGGUGGCGGAAGAGGCUGCACGGCUGAGUGUGGCGGCCCAGGAGGCAGCACGCCUGCGGCAGCUGGCAGAAGAAGACUUGGCACAGCAGCGGGUCCUGGCAGAGAAAAUGCUCAAGGAGAAGAUGCAGGCUGUGCAGGAGGCCACCCGGCUCAAGGCUGAGGCUGAGCUGCUGCAGCAACAGAAAGAGCUGGCUCAGGAGCAGGCUCGACGGCUGCAGGAGGACAAGGAGCAGAUGGCUCAGCAGCUGGCACAGGAGACACAGGGUUUCCAGCGGACACUGGAGGCGGAGCGGCAGCGGCAGCUGGAGAUGAGUGCAGAGGCUGAGCGCCUGAAGCUGCGCGUGGCCGAGAUGAGCCGGGCCCAGGCCCGUGCCGAGGAGGAUGCCCAGCGCUUUCGGAAGCAGGCUGAGGAGAUUGGUGAGAAGCUGCACCUCACUGAGCUCGCCACACAGGAGAAGGUGACGCUGGUACAGACACUUGAGAUCCAGCGGCAGCAGAGUGACCAUGAUGCUGAGCGCCUGCGGGAGGCCAUUGCUGAGCUGGAGCGUGAGAAGGAGAAACUGAAGCAGGAGGCCAAGUUGCUGCAGCUCAAGUCCGAGGAGAUGCAGACAGUACAGCAAGAGCAGAGGCUCCAGGAGACACAGGCCUUGCAGCAGAGCUUUCUGUCCGAGAAGGACAGCCUGCUGCAGCGGGAGCGCUUCAUUGAGCAGGAAAAGGCUAAGCUAGAACAGCUUUUCCAGGACGAGGUGGCGAAGGCACAGCAGCUCCGUGAGGAGCAGCAGCGGCAGCAGCAGCAGAUGGAGCAGGAGAAGCAGCAGCUGAUGGCCAGCAUGGAGGAGGCCCGGCGUCGGCAGCGUGAGGCAGAAGAAGGUGUGCGUCGCAAGCAGGAGGAGCUGCAGCACCUGGAGGAGCAGCGGCAGAAGCAGGAGAAGCUGCUGGCUGAGGAGAACCAGAGGCUGCGGGAACGGCUGCAGCGCUUAGAGGAGGAGCAUCGGGCGGCACUAGCACACUCGGAGGAGAUUGCUGCCACGAAGGCCUUGCCCAAUGGCCGGGAGGCACCUGAUGGCCCAACUGUGGAGGUGGAGCCUGAGCACAGCUUUGAGGGUUUGCGACAGAGAGUGCCAGCCCAGCGGCUGCAGGAGGCUGGCAUCCUGAGCCCAGAGGAGCUGCAGCGGCUGGUGCAGGGCCACACCACGGUGGCCGAGCUUGCGCAGCGUAGGGAUGUGCAACAAUACCUGCAGGGCCGCAGCAGCAUUGCCGGGCUGCUGCUGAAGCCCACCAAUGAGAAGGUGAGUGUCUACACGGCCCUGCGGAGGCAGCUGCUAAGCCCUGGCACCGCUCUCAUCCUGCUUGAGGCCCAGGCAGCCUCAGGCUUCUUGCUGGACCCUGUGCGGAAUCGACGACUGACUGUGAAUGAGGCCGUGAAGGAGGGUGUUGUGGGCCCUGAGCUGCACCACAAGUUGCUGUCUGCUGAGCGGGCUGUCACUGGCUAUAAAGACCCCUACACUGGAGAGCAGAUCUCGCUCUUCCAGGCCAUGAAGAAGGACCUCAUCGUCAGGGACCACGGCAUCCGCCUGCUGGAGGCCCAGAUCGCCACGGGCGGCAUCAUUGAUCCCGUGCACAGCCACCGCGUGCCCGUGGAGGUGGCCUACCAGCGCGGCUACUUUGACGAGGAGAUGAGCCGCGUGCUGGCGGACCCGAGCGACGACACCAAGGGCUUCUUCGACCCCAACACCCACGAGAACCUCACCUACCUGCAGCUGCUGGAGCGCUGUGUGGAGGACCCCGAGACGGGCCUGCGCCUCCUGCCACUCACAGAUAAGGCUGCCAAGGGUGGUGAGCUGGUGUAUACUGACUCUGAGGCCCGGGAUGUCUUUGAGAAGGCCACUGUGUCUGCACCAUUCGGCAAAUUCCAGGGCAAGACGGUGACCAUCUGGGAGAUCAUCAAUUCAGAAUACUUCACAGCGGAGCAGCGGCGUGACCUGCUGCGGCAGUUCCGCACGGGCCGCAUCACAGUGGAGAAGAUCAUCAAGAUUGUCAUCACUGUCGUAGAGGAGCACGAGCAGAAGAGCCAGCUCUGCUUUGAGGGCCUGCGUGCCCUGGUGCCUGCUGCCGAACUGCUGGAAAGUGGGAUCAUCGACCAUGACCUCUACCGUCAGCUGCAGCGGGGCGAGCGCUCUGUAAGAGAGGUGGCUGAGGCGGACUCUGUGCGGAGGGCCCUGCGGGGUGCCAGUGUCAUUGCAGGUGUGUGGCUGGAGGAGGCAGGACAGAAGCUGAGUAUCUAUGAGGCCCUGAAGAAAGACCUACUGCAGCCAGAUGUGGCUCUGGCCCUGUUAGAGGCCCAGGCCGGCACUGGGCACAUCAUUGAUCCUGCCACUAGUGCCCGGCUGACUGUGGAUGAGGCAGUACGUGCUGGUCUGGUGGGCCCUGAGCUUCAUGAGAAGCUGCUGUCGGCUGAGAAGGCUGUGACGGGCUAUAGGGACCCCUAUUCGGGGCAGAUUGCCUCCUUGUUCCAGGCUCUGAAGAAAGGCCUCAUCCCUCGGGAGCAAGGCCUGCGCCUGCUAGAUGCCCAGCUGUCCACAGGUGGCAUUGUGGACCCCAGCAAGAGCCACCGCGUGUCCCUGGAUGUUGCAUAUACCCGGGGCCAUCUGGACAAGGAGACCAGCAGGGCCCUGUUGGAACCCGGGGAGGAUGCCAAGGUCUACCUUGAUCCCAGCACACGGGAGCCAGUCACCUAUGGCCAGCUCCAGCAGCGGUGCCGGCCUGACCAGCUGACUGGGCUGAGCCUGCUGCCACUCUCAGAGAAGGCUGCCCGGGCCCAGCAGGAGGAGGUCUACUCUGAGCUUCAGGCCCGUGAGACCUUGGAGAAGGCUACGGUUGAAGUCCCCACGGGCAGCUUCAAAGGCAGGACAGUGACAGUGUGGGAGCUCAUCAGCUCUGAGUAUUUCACAGAGGAGCAGCGGCAGGAGCUGCUGCGGCAGCUCCGUACUGGCAAGGUGACUGUGGAGAAGGUCAUUAAGAUCCUCAUCACCAUCAUCGAGGAGGUAGAGACCAAGAGGCAGGAGCAACUGUCCUUCACUGGCCUCCGUGCCCCUGUGCCAGCCAGUGAGCUCUUGGCUGCCAGGAUCCUCAGCAGGGCCCAGUUUGAGCAGCUCAAGGAUGGCAGGACCUCUGUCAAGGAUCUCUUGGAGGUGGGCUCCGUGCGGACGCUGCUACAGGGCAGUGGCUGCCUGGCUGGUAUCUACCUGGAGGACUCCAAGGAGAAAGUGACCAUCUACGAGGCCAUGCGCCGGGGUUUGCUCAGACCUAGCACGGCCACGCUCCUGCUCGAGGCCCAAGCAGCCACUGGCUUUCUGGUGGACCCGGUGCGGAACCAGCGCCUGUACGUCCAUGAGGCAGUGAAAGCAGGUGUUGUGGGCCCUGAGCUACAUGAGAAGCUGCUGUCCGCCGAGAAGGCCGUCACCGGCUACAAGGACCCCUACUCGGGCACCACCAUCUCGCUCUUCCAGGCCAUGAAGAAGGGCCUGGUUCUCAGGGAGCAUGCCAUCCGCCUGCUGGAGGCCCAGAUUGCUACCGGAGGCGUCAUCGACCCCGUGCACAGCCACCGCCUGCCCGUGGAGGUGGCCUACCAGCGCGGCUACUUUGACGAGGAGAUGAGCCGCGUGCUGGCGGACCCCAGCGACGACACCAAGGGCUUCUUCGACCCCAACACCCACGAGAACCUCACCUACCUGCAGCUGCUGGAGCGCUGUGUGGAGGACCCCGAGACUGGCCUGCGCCUCCUGCCACUGAAGGGGGCAGAGAAGGCUGAAGUGGUGGAGACCACACAGGUGUAUACUGAGGAGGAGACCCGGAGGGCAUUCGAGGAGACUCAGAUUGACAUCCCUGGUGGUGGCAGUCACGGUGGCUCCACCAUGUCCCUAUGGGAGGUCAUGCAGUCAGACCUGAUCCCUGAGGAUCAGCGGGCCCGGCUGAUGGCUGACUUCCAGGCUGGCCGGGUGACCAAGGAGCGCAUGAUCAUUAUCAUCAUCGAGAUCAUUGAGAAGACCGAGAUCAUCCGACAGCAAAACCUUACUUCCUAUGACUAUGUGCGCCGCCGCCUCACUGCUGAGGACCUGUAUGAGGCCCGGAUCAUCUCGCUUGAGACCUACAACCUCCUCCGGGAGGGCACCAAGAGCCUCCGUGAAGUACUGGAGGCAGAGUCUGCCUGGCGCUACCUCUAUGGCACAGGCUCGGUGGCUGGCGUUUACCUGCCUGGCUCUAGGCAGACGCUGACCAUCUACCAGGCCCUCAAGAAGGGGCUGCUAAGUGCCGAGGUGGCCCGCUUGCUGCUGGAGGCCCAGGCGGCCACCGGCUUCUUGCUGGACCCAGUGAAGGGUGAGCGACUGACUGUGGAUGAGGCUGUACGGAAGGGACUGGUGGGCCCUGAGCUGCAUGACCGGCUGCUCUCAGCAGAGCGGGCGGUGACUGGCUACCGUGACCCUUACACCGAGCAGACCAUCUCGCUCUUCCAGGCCAUGAAGAAGGAGCUGAUCCCUGCUGAGGAGGCCCUGCGGCUGCUGGAUGCCCAACUGGCUACAGGAGGUAUUGUGGACCCCCGCCUGGGCUUCCAUCUACCGUUGGAGGUAGCCUACCAGCGUGGCUACCUCAACAAGGACACACACGACCAGCUGUCGGAGCCCAGCGAGGUGCGCAGCUACGUGGACCCCUCCACCGAUGAGCGCCUCAGCUACACGCAACUGCUCAGGCGGUGUCGCCGUGACGAGAGCAGCGGCCAGAUGCUCCUGCCACUCUCAGACGCCCGCAAACUGACCUUCCGUGGCCUACGCAAGCAGAUCACCGUGGAGGAACUGGUGCGCUCACAGGUCAUGGAUGAAGCCACAGCACUGCAGCUGCAGGAGGGCCUGACCUCCAUUGAGGAGGUCACCAAGAACCUGCAGAAGUUCCUUGAGGGCACCAGUUGCAUUGCCGGUGUCUUCGUUGAUGCCACCAAGGAGCGACUCUCAGUGUACCAGGCCAUGAAGAAGGGCAUCAUUCGCCCUGGCACGGCCUUUGAGCUCCUGGAGGCACAGGCGGCCACUGGCUACGUCAUCGACCCCAUCAAGGGGCUCAAGCUGACUGUGGAGGAAGCUGUGCGCAUGGGCAUCGUGGGCCCUGAGUUCAAGGACAAGCUGCUGUCGGCUGAGCGUGCCGUCACCGGCUACAAGGACCCUUACUCUGGGAAGCUCAUCUCUCUCUUCCAAGCCAUGAAGAAGGGCCUGAUCCUGAAGGACCAUGGCAUCCGUUUGUUGGAGGCCCAGAUUGCCACAGGUGGCAUCAUCGACCCUGAGGAGAGUCAUCGGCUACCUGUGGAGGUGGCCUACAAGCGUGGCCUCUUUGAUGAGGAGAUGAAUGAGAUCCUGACUGACCCUUCGGAUGAUACCAAGGGCUUCUUUGACCCCAACACAGAGGAGAAUCUCACCUACUUGCAGCUGAUGGAACGCUGCAUCACUGACCCCCAGACAGGCCUGUGCCUCCUGCCGCUGAAGGAGAAAAAGAGAGAGCGGAAGACAUCCUCCAAGUCCUCGGUGCGCAAGCGCCGCGUUGUGAUUGUGGACCCUGAGACGGGCAAGGAGAUGUCAGUGUAUGAGGCCUACCGCAAGGGACUCAUUGACCACCAGACGUACUUGGAGCUGUCUGAGCAGGAGUGUGAGUGGGAGGAGAUUACUAUUUCCUCCUCAGAUGGUGUAGUCAAGUCCAUGAUCAUUGACCGCCGCUCAGGCCGCCAGUAUGACAUCGAUGAUGCCAUCACCAAGAACCUCAUUGACCGGUCAGCACUGGACCAGUACCGUGCCGGCACACUCUCCAUCACUGAGUUUGCUGACAUGCUCUCAGGCAAUGCCGGUGGCUUCCGAUCCCGCUCCUCCUCGGUGGGCUCAUCUUCCUCCUACCCCAUCAGCCCUGCAGUCUCCAGGACCCAGCUGGCCUCCUGGUCCGACCCCACUGAGGAGACAGGCCCAGUGGCUGGCAUCCUGGACACAGAGACGCUGGAGAAGGUGUCCAUCACAGAGGCCAUGCACCGCAACCUAGUGGACAACAUCACCGGGCAGCGGCUGCUGGAGGCCCAGGCAUGCACUGGGGGCAUUAUUGACCCCAGCACUGGGGAGCGCUUCCCUGUUACUGAGGCUGUCAACAAAGGCCUAGUAGACAAGAUCAUGGUGGACCGCAUCAACCUCGCCCAAAAGGCCUUCUGUGGCUUUGAGGACCCACGCACCAAGACCAAGAUGUCAGCUGCCCAGGCCCUGAAGAAGGGCUGGUUGUACUACGAGGCAGGCCAGCGCUUCCUGGAGGUGCAGUACCUGACAGGUGGCCUGAUUGAGCCCGACAUGCCGGGCCGAGUGCCUCUGGACGAGGCCCUGCAGCGUGGCACUGUGGACGCCCGCACAGCGCAGAAGCUGCGCGAUGUCAGCGCGUACUCCAAGUACCUCACCUGCCCUAAGACCAAGCUCAAGAUCUCCUACAAGGACGCGCUGGACCGCAGCAUGGUGGAGGAGGGCACAGGGCUGCGGCUGCUGGAGGCUUCUGCCCAGUCCAGCAAGGGCUACUACAGCCCCUACAGCGUCAGCGGCUCUGGCUCCACUGCUGGCUCGCGUACCGGCUCGCGCACCGGCUCCCGGGCUGGCUCCCGCCGCGGCAGCUUCGAUGCCACCGGUUCUGGUUUCUCCAUGACCUUCUCUUCCUCCUCCUACUCUUCCUCGGGCUAUGGCCGCCGCUAUGCCUCAGGCCCCUCCACCUCCCUGGGGGGCCCUGAGUCUGCAGUGGCCUGACCUUCUGCCUGCAUCCCACCCUCCUGCUCUGCAUGUGGCCAGGCUCCCCGCCAAGGUGCUGGGGUCUUUCUUUAAUGUUUAAAGGUGUCUUUUUCCCAAGUGGUGCCUAAAGUUUAACCAAAAAGACCAGACUAACACAUUAAUAUAUAUUUGCUGUCUAGACAGACUGUAACUUGGGGUUUGGGGCCGGCCCAGCCCCGCUGACCACCUCACCCCCCUCGGAUCUCCCCACUUCAACCUGCCACUCACAAUAGCCAGGUGCCUUGGAGGGUCCAGAGUUGGGCCCCCAGCCCACCCCUCCUCCCAUAGGAGGUUUCUGUCUGGGUGAGACCCCCAGCCCUGUAAGCCAACCCCACUGGUGUGUACAUCUGCUAGUCCUAGCUGCUGAGGGCAGCCGGGGUCAGUCUUGUCAGUAGAGAUUCUCUCAGGGCUUCUACCCUGGGCCAGCAUUUUCUUCCCAGCGUGUUUCCCAGACUGGCCUUCUUGCUUGGUGGAUCUUGCUGGUGAGGAAAGGGUCCUGGGCCAGCCAUCUCUUCAGCGUGCCCAUAGAAGCCCUUUCCUCAUGGGAAGAUGAGGGUCCAGUCUGCAGAGGCAGCGUCCUUAGCUGGGCUCUAGCCUCCUGCCCAGCUCCUGAAGCUGCUGUCAGAGCUCUGCUUUGUAGCUCACUGCCCCACCCUGAGUCACUCCCAAGACCCUGGCCCGUGGCUUCAGCCUUCCAGCCUCAGCUCCCCCUGUAAGUGCCUUCUGUGUCCUCCCUCAUACCCAGCCCUGAGGACCCAUGCCCAGGGUGUGAGACAGACAUUCUGGCUGGGCGGGGCUGGGGUUCUGCACAUCUACCCUCCGCCAUGGGCUGAGUGGUAUCUUGAGCCCGUGGAACCCCUCCCUGGGUGCUGCCUGUCCACUCUGUUUCCAGGGAGCCCCAACCCUCCUUGGUCCAGGAUACAGACUGGCUCUAUCGACCCAGGCACCUGGCCAGUGCCACCACCCUGUUUAGCCAGCCUCAUGCAUUGGCAGCUCCCACCCCUGCCUCCACCCUCUGACUGAGCUUUGCAUGUUCCACUAACCUGGGCUGGUGGCCGGUGGAGGUGCCAGGCAGAACACUAACCUGACCAUGGGCAGGGCCCUUCAGCGUCUGCCCCUCAAUAAAAGCAAUUCCAACCUUCC